AUGAUGCAUUUACAAACACCAAAGAGAGCUUUGCAACCCUCGACACCACCUUCUAAUAUUCAACCUACCAAGAAACCAUGUUUGCCACCUUUGUCUUCCAUAUUAUCGACUGCUCAACUCAAUCACAUUAAGGAUCAUCCUUUAAGUAAUUCAAAUAGUCCAGUAUUACAUCAAGUACCUCAAUUACCAUCAAUAGAUUCAUUCUCACCUAUAGAGCCUAUGAUUGUGGCCUCUACCCCAAUCACCAAUAAAUACUAUCAUAUUUCACAAGUGGCAAAUACCCAACAUUUCACUACAUUGCCAACACCUACUUCAUCAGCAAAACCAAUGAAAGAUCAUAGAUCAGUUUCUCCUAAAUCAUCACCAACUUCAUCAGAUAAAUCAUAUGCAUUCAUUUCUCAUUCACUUGCUACUUUCCCUCUGCAAGAGCCAUCAAUUGAUAACGCGCCAUUGGCAAGAAGGAAAAGAAGAAGAACAUCACCUAAUGAAUUAGCUAUAUUAAAUCAAGAAUUUGAAAUAGGUACUACUCCAAACAAAGCAAGAAGAAUAGAAAUUGCUUCUAGGGUCUCAAUGACUGAAAAAGCUGUUCAGAUUUGGUUUCAAAAUAAGAGACAAUCAUUAAGAAAACAACUGAGCCAUGAAAAGGAAGUAACAGUGUUACCUCCAAGAUAUGUUAUUGCUGGUCCAAUAUCUUCCAAUAAUACUUCUCCAGGUGCUGUAUCUGCUCAGAUCAUUUCAUCUACUCCUACUAAACCAAUAUUUACCAAAUCGGUCUCAUUACCAGUUUCUCCACCACGCUCCUUAUCAUAUCCUCCUCCGCCCCACUCGAUAGCUCAAAGCACUCCAUUGCCUCCAAGUCGUCAUAGCCCUGCUCAUGGCUCAGCAGAUGAAUCAAAUAUCUCAUUGGAUGAUUCAAUGAUACAUAUAUCAUCCUCGAAAAGAACUAGUUUUGUGCUAAAUGAAACUAGAAAAAAGCAACCCCAAGAACUUAAUAGUGAAAAUACUGCCACUAUGACAUUUAAGUUAAUUCCAUCUUCCAAUACAAAGAUUACCGAGAAAUUACAUCAAGAAUCUGAAAGAAAACCAUUGGCAGAGAUAAAUACCAAUAGGAUAAAUUUACCACCUAUUAAGAAAGCAUCAAUUGCGGUUGAGAAUUUGUUAUCUUUGAGAGGUGGGAAUUGGAACUAG